UUGAGAUGACCUAGAUCUAGGGUACGCAGACGGGAAGCGCCAGCGCUCAGAUCUCUGGGAUUUGCCAUGGAAAUACACAUAUAAUGACCAACUCUCCAAGUCAACCCCUUCACUCGACAUCAUGUCAAUGAGCUCCCCGAAUCACUCCGAACUGCUCCCAGCCUCGGGUUCUGCGGUUUCUGGCUGUAAGACCUGUAAGGUCCGAAAGAAGAGGUGCCCGCGCGAUUUUGAUGCGACGGGCGUUUGUGGCACCUGCCACAGGCUGAGAGUGGAGUGCCUCCGCGAUGAUGCAGAAUGGAUGAGGGAUCGAGAUGACCUCCAAGCCUAUAGACAGCGGUUGAGCGGGGAUAUCGCUUCGGGCAGGAGACUGUCACGCCGUGUCGCGGCGGCUUCCGUCAUGGAGCUACCUCCAUCGGAUGACGCGUAUCAUGCAGACACUAUCGUAUAUAUUCCUCCCCUUAACGAAGCGAAUUUUAGAACGGUCCGGCGAAACAACAUGAUGGCGACCCCCAACGUGGAUUCCGUGGGCGAGAUUUUUAUGCCGUCCGAAUCACUUCCUGGAGCCCCUCCGUUCAGCCUCAGCGGCUGGGACACGAAUUCAUCGGCGGGUCCUAGCUAUCAGAUGGUCCCACCAGAUCUGACUGACAAGGGCGGUGAUCUUAGCGGGGCGAGUCCAGAUAUCGAUGCUCUUUACGGGAUGAUCCCUCCAUCUUCCAGGGACGAUUAUUGAAGUCGAGUUUGCCCGGCGGACUUUGGCCUCCGCCACUUUUUUUGUUCCAUAGAAGUUGCGCCUUGACAUGUAUAUGAUUCAAACGUUUCUGCGCGCGUCCAUGUACUGGACUUGUAGUGAUUCAAAUGAUUACAAGCGAGCUAUUCAAUCAGUCGUUGCUGUUGUGCAGCCGAUGUUCACUCCUCUCCCACCCCAAAGCUCAGCGAU